AUGUCGUCAUGGGUUGGCAUGCGGGCAACGGCAACGCCGUCCCAAAUCGACGCCGUCGCGCGCGCCAUCCGCACCACGCCCAUUAUCGACCACCAUGCCCACCCGCUCCUCAAGCCGGAGGCUCUGAGCAAGCAUCCGCUCCUGGCCAUCACCACCGAGGCGAACGGCGACGCCAUCGACUCGGCCACCACGUCACUGCCCCAUCUCCGCGCCGUGCGCCAGCUGGCUUCUGUCCUGGGCUGCGGCCUGACCUGGGAGAGCGUCGUGGCCAGAAUCGAGGAGAAGCGCCUCGGCUGCCUCGAGGACUGGACGGCCGAGUGCCUGUCUGGCAUUGAGACCAUUCUCCUCGACGAUGGACUGGACGACGAGGACGACGCCAAUGCUUACCCGUGGCACGAUGAUUACACGCGCAGCCGGUGCAAGCGCAUUGUGCGCAUCGAAAAGGUCGCUGAAGACAUCAUCCGCCGGGUUACAGCACCGGGCAAACUGGAAGAGUCUGACAAGAAAGGCGGCGAUGUGCAUGACCAUGCCUUCAAUCAUUGGGUCAAGGAAUUCGGCGAGUACAUUGUCACGGCGCUCGAUGACCCCGAUGUGGUUGGCUUCAAGUCGGUCGUCUGCUACCGGACCGGUCUCGACAUUACCAAUGAGUCCGGUGACGCCCAGGAGGCCCUGGCCCUGCAGGAUUUCAAGGCUGUCAUGGCCGAGUAUGGGCCUCAGGGGUUCGAGAAGCUCAAGACUAAGAGCAUGAACGACUUUCUGGUGCAUCGAACCGCUCAACUGAUCAGGGACAACCGUUUCAGAAAUAAGAAACCGAUCCAGUUCCAUACCGGCCUGGGAGACAACGAUCUUUCCAUGGCGAAGUCGUCGCCAUCCCAUCUGCAGGAGUUCAUCAGGAAGUACCCGACAGUCCCGAUUGUGCUUCUCCAUGCCGGCUAUCCCUUCACCCGCGAGACAGGCUACCUGGCGUCGGUCUACGAGAAUGUGUACGCAGACAUCGGUGAGGUCUUUCCCUGUGUGAGCCAGGACGGCCAGGAGCGGAUUCUGCGAGAGGUGCUGGAGCUGUGCCCUUGGUCCAAGAUUCUGUGGUCGACGGAUGGCCAUUGGUUUAGUGAAACGUAUCUCCUGGCCAUCAAUCAAAUGCGGGAGGUGUUGGAGACGGUUCUCUGCGACUAUGUCCGCAAAGGGCACAUCGGCUGGCGGGCCGCCGUCGACCUGGUUCGAGAUGUGCUCUUCAAGAACGCCAAUAAGCUGUAUCAUCUGGAACUUGAGUUCUCCGAGUUGGAGGAAGAGACAGGCCUGGCACAUGGCAUCUACCUCAGCGACGCCGAACUCCUUCGAGGAUUUUUGAAGAACCAACCGGCCCCUGACUUUGUCAGGAUCUGUUGGAACGACUUCACCGCAUCCCAGCGGAUGCGCAUGAUACCCUUCAGAAAGUUCGCGUCCCUCGUCAACGAGGGCAAGCCAACAGACAUUGGCAUCACCACCGCCGCGUUUGCCCUGAUCCAAAACGACUGGCUGCUGCCGAAUGUGUCCCCGACAGGCGAAUACCGCCUAUACCCGGAUUUCUCCUCGCUCAAGAAAGGCCCUAUCGAAGGGCAUAUCAGCAUGAACGGCGAAUUCCGCGAGCAGUCCGGCGCCAAGGUACCCUUCUGCCCGCGCUCCGUCCUCCAACGAGCCGUCGAGUACGGCGCCGAGAACAAGCUCUCCUUCCUGAUCGGCUUUGAAAUCGAAUUUCUCCUCGUCGAGCGCGUCGACAGCAAGCCAGACAACAACCCAACGACCCGCUACUCAACCCUCACCACCGACGGCCACGCCUGGUCCGUCAGCCGGUACUUUGCCAUUCCCAGGAUCUCGACCCUCCUCCGCGACAUGGUCGCCGCCCUCGAAGAAAUGGGCAUCUACGUCGAACAGCUCCACGCCGAAAGCGCGACAGGCCAGUUCGAGCUCGUCCUGCCGCCUUACCCGCCCGUCGAGGCAGCUGACACGCUCCUCCACGCGCGCGACGUCAUGUCGGCCCUCGCGACCGCGGCCGGGUUCAAGCUCACCCUCCACCCCAAACCCUUCGCCACCGCGUGCGGCACCGCCUCGCACAUGCACAUAUCGCUCUCGUCGUCCUCCUCUCCUUCAGUUAAUGGCGACAAACCCGAGGUAUACCACCCCUUCUACGCGGGCAUUCUCAAACACCUCCGCGCCAUUUUGGGUUUCACCUACCCCAACCCGGCCAGCUACGAGCGCUCGAGGGACGGCACGUGGUCCGGCGGGCGGUGGGUCGCCUGGGGCACGCAGAACCGCGAGGCGGCGUUGAGGAAGGUGGAGGGGUCGCACUGGGAGGUGAAGGUCAUGGACGGGCUGGCGAAUCCGUACCUUGGCGUCGCGGCGGUGCUGUUUGCCGGGGUGAGGGGCUAUGUCGAUCGGGAGGCGCUUGUCUGGGGGGACUGCGAGAUUGAUCCGGCCAAGCUGACGGCGAAUGAUCGGAAGGAGUUGAAUGUCACGCAGAUGCUGCCAGGCAGUGUAGAGGAGGGGCUGGAGGCGCUGAGGGAGGAUAGGGAGUUGAGUGAGAUGAUGGGGUUGGAGUUGGUGGAGAGGUAUGUGGCGUUGAAGGAGUUUGAGAUGAAGUUUUUAGGGGAGAUGGGGGAUGAGGAACGGAGGCAGUGGUUGAUGGAGCGGUAUUGA